UUUAACACUUGAUUAUUGUAAGUGUUGCUGUUUCAACACAUUCAUGAUAAUUGUAAGUGUUGUUGUUUCAACACUUGAUUAUUGUAAGUGUUGUUGUUUCAACACAUUCAUGAUUAUUGUAAGUGUUGACAGUAGUUGGUGAUGAUAAAGUGUAGUGGAAGUGUGGGCUGUGACAUCUUGCGGUUGCUAAUCCGACACUCUCAAGUCAAUCUGAUCAGAUUAGCAGCGCUCCUUGGCGCCCGGGCAGCAUAUGCCACCUCCGGCUGUUGCCAUGACGAUGUGACAGCACCUUUCAAGCGGGCGACUGACCUCUCUGAGUUUGGUGUCUGUCUUCAAGACUGACAGGAUGAUGCUGAAUGACAGCUGGACCGUCAUGAACAACAGCAGUUCUGAGCUGGACAGCAAACGGCCAAGCAAACACAAGAAAUGCUGCAACUUCCUGUUAUGUGCCGCCAUUGUGGUUGCCAUGGUAGCGGGCAUCACAGCAACAGUCGCCAUCCUCUAUGUCAACCAGUAUCCUCUGCCCUUCAUCAACAGCAACAGGGGCGGGGUCUCCUCCGCGUCACCUGUCAUUUCCACCAACCCCAAAGACUCGGGGGCCUUGGUGACCGUGUCGCGCGUGGGAGACGGCGAGCCCGUCAGCAUCUUCCUGGAGCCCAACUGUCCGGACAACAGCCAGAACUUUGAGCGCUGGGAGGCGCUGCAGAGCUCGCUGAUACGAGCGCUGACCUCCCGCAACGCCGACGACUGGCAGGAGAGAGGCUCCGCCCACAAAGUGAGCGAGGAGCUGAAGGCCUUGGCGGGCCACGCCCACAACCUCAGGCUGGAAGCCGAGGCGCUGAAAAGAGGUCAGGGCCUGGUCAACCAGCGACUGGACGCACUGCAGAGCGAGCAGAGCCGCAUCGUGCAGGUGCUGUCGGAGGAGAAGUCGGGCGUGCUCAGCCUCACCGCGGACUUCAGCAACUCUCUCUCCAGCCUGCAGAGGGAGACUCAGAGUCUGAGCAGACUGCAGGCUCUCACGCCCAGAGACUGCGCUGACGUCAUGGCGGCGGGAAAUUCCCAGGAUGGCGUUUAUUCCAUCUUUCCGGUCCACAAGCCCGACGGCUUCAUGGUCUACUGCGACAUGAGCACGGACGCUGGCGGCUGGACUGUGAUCCAGAGACGAGUCGACGGCUCAGUGAAUUUCUUUCGAGGUUGGGAUGCAUAUCGAGACGGCUUUGGUACAACUACAGGGGAGCACUGGCUAGGCCUCCAGAACAUCUACACUCUGACCAGGUCAGGAGGUUACGAGCUGCGUAUCGACAUGGCCGACUUUGACAACGCCACAGCCUUCGCUCAAUACGCCGAAUUCUCCGUGGGUCGAGACUCGGUCAACCCCGAAGAGGACGGAUACCCGCUGACCGUGGACCAGUACUCCGGGACGGCAGGCGACUCUCUGCUGAAGCAUUCUGGGAUGCAGUUCACAACCAAAGACCGGGACCGGGACCAGUCGGAGAACAACUGCGCCGCGUACUACCAGGGGGCGUGGUGGUACCGCAACUGUCAUACGUCCAACCUGAACGGGCAGUACCUGAAAGGGGGCCACGCCUCUUACGCCGACGGCGUGGAGUGGUCCAGUUGGACCGGCUGGCAGUACUCUCUGAGGUUCACUGAGAUGAAGAUCCGCCCCAAAACCUAAAAGUGACUUCAUUAACUAACCCAUCCCAUUCCUGAAGUGACCAUUCCAUUCAGAAUCCAGUCUCCAUUCAACACCAUUUAUUUGGUGUAAUUAUCAGGAAACUUUUUCAAAACAGGCCACAGGUUAGAACAACUCCUGCAUGGACACGGCCUAAAGACGUCUUUAUACAAAUACAUCCUUACUGUAUACUUAAAAAAAAAAAAAAUAUUAUUUUUGGGGGGAAAAUUAUGAAUCGAUACUGAAUCGAGGGGAAUCGUGAAUCAUUUUUUUGGUGCACCCCUACUACUUACCUCUGUUUACCUCGCUUGACCAAACACACCCACAAUUAUUACAAUGUGUUUCUAACAGCUGGGAUAAAGUAGUCGCUCCAUUAGGAUUAUACAGGUAAUAUGUACUUUUUUAACCUAUUAAAAACCCAUGCCAUAAGUACUCACAUGAAUCCAUCAACAAUAACAUGCUUAGCAGUAAUCAUGUUAUUGUAUGUAUACAAUAUGAAAGACAUACAUUUUCAUGUCUUCUUGGAUGAUUUCAUCAU